AUGGUAGAAAGGGCUAAAAGAACAGCGAAUUUUAGAUUGGUGAUCGUGAAUGGCAAAGCAUACUUGGAAAAAUUUAGAAAGUCUUUCCAGUCGAGAGAUACUUUUACUGUGUGGGGGAUCAUACAGUUGUUAAGGAGGUACCCAGGGAAAUUGCCUGAUUUGGAAAUGAUGUUUGACUGCGUUGAUUGGCCUGUUGUUAAAUCUAGUGAAUUUAGUGGGCCCAAUGCCUCGGCCCCACCUGCUUUGUUUCGGUACUGUGGUGAUGAUGACACACUGGAUCUUGUCUUUCCUGAUUGGUCUUUUUGGGGAUGGCCAGAGAUCAAUAUAAGGCCAUGGACGCCAUUGUUGAAUGACAUAAAAGAAGGAAACAAGAAGACCAAAUGGAUGGAAAGGGAACCUUAUGCUUAUUGGAAAGGAAAUCCUUCUGUAGCAGCAACCAGGCAAGACCUCAUGAAAUGCCAUGUAUCUGAAACGCAGGACUGGAAUGCUCGUGUCUAUGCUCAGGACUGGAUUAGAGAAUCACAGCAAGGGUACAAACAAUCAGACUUGGCAAACCAAUGCAUUCACAAGUAUAAAAUCUACAUUGAAGGAUCUGCAUGGUCAGUCAGUGAGAAGUACAUUCUUGCCUGUGAUUCUGUUACUUUACUGGUGAAACCUCAUUAUUAUGAUUUCUUCACGAGAAGUUUGGUGCCGAAUCGGCAUUACUGGCCUAUUAAGGAGGAUGACAAGUGCAGAUCCAUUAAGUUUGCUGUUGAAUGGGGCAAAAAUCAUACUGAAGAGGCACAGGCAAUGGGAAAAGCGGCGAGUGAAUUCAUUCAAGAGGACUUGAAGAUGGAUAAAGUUUAUGACUACAUGUUUCACCUCUUAAAUGAGUAUGCUAAACUCUUAACCUUCAAGCCUUCUAUACCUCGAAAAGCUUUCAAACUAUGUGCAGAAGCAAUAGCUUGCACAGCAAAAGGUGUAGAGAAGAAGUUUAUGAUGGACUCCAUGGUGAUGAGUCCUGCAGACACGAGCCCUUGUACCAUGCCUCCUCCCUAUGAUCCUCCAUCUCUUCAUUCCAUUUUUCAAAGAAAUGGCGACUCGAUAAAACAAGUCGAGUCUUGGGAGAAGAAGUACUGGGAUAAUCAAAUUAAGCAAUCUUAG